GGGUAAUUGAAGAAUGCGCUACCGUUGUGGUUUCUGGCGUAAUAGAAGACGUUUAAGUUCUGCUUUCGUAUGACGGUUUAUUCCCCCUCUUAUAUGGCUUUAAGCUGAGUAAAAAUGGCUUGUGUUAUAUAAAAUGCCACUAUUAUUAACCCUGUGAAUUAUUUUUACAUAUAAACCCGUCAGUAGAUUAUUGUAUCCCCAAUAUGAGUGAGAAGUUUGGAAAAAAGGAUAUUAUGUCUGUUAAGAAAACUAUUAUUUACACCACAGAAAGUCCAUUGACGUGCAUGGCAGUGAACCCUAAGGCAGAAAUGAUUGCAGUGGCUGGUAGAAAUCUGUUCCAAGUUUUCAGCGUCCAUGAAGAUAAAUUUGUUUCGUUACAUCGCGUUAAAACACCUUCACGUUUGGUUAUGUCUGAUGUCCCAAUACCAAAACCUGCUACGGAGUCUAGUGGAACAGAGUGUACUCCUAAUCCAACACCUGUACCUAUGACUUCUACAUUGGUUGAAUCAACACCAUCCCGGCAUAGUCCUGUUAUGCCGACAGCGAUCAAUCAACCGCGUUCUCACAGUGUAACUGAUGUAAGCUGGUCCAAUGUGAGUGAUAUCCUUGCCACAGCAUCUACUGGCGGGGAUGUCAUGCUCUGGGAUGUCGCUAGGGGUAUGACUCAAACUGUUUGUUUUUCUGGACACAGUCGUUCAAUCCACUGCAUUCAUUUCAAUCCAGCCAUCAGUACAGAACUGGUGACAGCUUCACAAGAUGGAAAACUAAAAUUGUUUGAUAUUCGUGACCCGAAUCCUAGUUCUUCAUGUAGAAUAUUUUUUCAACGAACUGCAUCACCCUCGCCCGUACGAGAUGUUGCAUUUUGUCCAAAACAAGGAUUCAUGGUUGCAGCUGCGCAGGAAAAUGGUGUAAUCAGUAUAUGGGAUACUCGGAAAGGUUCACGUCCUAUACGUGCUUUUCAAGGUCACUCUUGUUCAAUAACCACAUUAGACUGGCAUCCAAAUUGGAAUGCAGCGUCAUGUAACUGGUUGGCGACAGCUGGUGCUAGAGAUCAUCUAAUUAAAGUAUGGAAUCUAAAUAGUCCUAGUGGACAAAGUUCUGUUACUUGUCCCACUGUCUUAUAUACUGUACGUACUACAAAUGUAAAUCGAGUAAGAUGGAGACCUACUUUUAUGACACAACUUGUAUCCAGCUGUAGUCUUACAAUCGAUUUAAGCGUACAUGUAUGGGAUUUACAACGACCAUUUAUUCCGUAUGCAUCAUUUGAAGAGCAUAAAGAUCUUGUAACAGGUAUAUCUUGGUGUCCUGCUGAAACUAAUAAUUUUUAUACUGUUGGUCGUGAUGGUUUACUUAUACGUCAUAGUAUUAGAGAUGGAAUUAGACCAGCAGAGAAUGCAUCCCCUGUAGCCUUAUCAAUUAGUCCAUAUGGACAUAUAUUACAUGCUGUUAGUAAAGAUCGUGUUGAAAUUAGUAAAAAGUUGUCUGUAGUUGAAGAGAAAAGCAGUGUCACUUAUCCUCCAAUCCACAGCAGUAUGAAGAAUCCUAAUCAAAUGACUAAUCCUGGUCGUCGUUCCAGUUUGAAUAUAUUUCCACCAGGUUAUUAUGCUUCUUCGAAUUCCACGUCUACUCCAGCGGCCACUUCCACUCCUACUACUACUACUACCACUACCUCCACUACAGGUAAUGGUACUUUAACCGGUACAAAUCCUGAACUUCCAGCAGUACCAGUCACCUCUGCUAAUACUGAUAAAGUAUUAAGUAGCUUAUCGGAGCCAACAGCAGCAUUAACAACAACGACAACAGCAACAACAGCUCAAACUGGUACCACUACAACAGCCUCCUCAGAUCAACCUGUUAGUAGUAAUAACAGUACUGCUAGUAGUGCUACAAAUAAUAACAUGACCAACAUCUCUACACUUCCUACGGUUACUACAUCUGUUACUGUACAUCAGACUAGUACAACUGUGAAUGAGUGUACAGUUACAACACCCGCAACAAAUAAGCUACCUAAGUACAUAUCUAACCUACCUCCAAUGGGAUCAUUGAAAUCAGCAAAAUUAUUUGUUUCACAAGCACACAGUCUUAUGUUCCAUUAUGAACCGUGUUUAGAGGCAAUUUGUCAACCUGACUUAACUGGUUUCAGCAAUGCUCUACUACCGGAUUUAAUUAUUGCACUGGCAAGAAAUUAUAAAUUCAUUGGGACAGGUGUUGAUGCAAUAUGCAAGCAUAAUGCUGCUGUUUGUUUAAGAUUUGGUCAACCAUUUUUAGUUCAAUUCUGGAUGCUAUUACGUUCAGUCUAUGGCAGUUCUGGUACUGAUUCUCUUAAACGUACAUCUCAACAGCAUGCAUCACAACUUCAAUUACAAAAACAAUCACAACAAAUGGUGAAUAUUUACAAUCGACCAGACUUUGACUAUCAACAGCAUAACAAAACUGUUCAGUCAUCAUUCACUAAUGAGAAAAUCGCUUCAUCUGGUUUUGGUGCUGACUCAUCAUUUGUGCAUAAUCAAAAUGCUAAAAUGACUGUGAAGCAUUUUCAACAGCCUGGCCUUGAAAAACGUAAACAGUGUGAUGCGAAUUCAAAUAAUAAUAAUAAUGAUAAUAAUAAAAAUUCAACAGGAGUUCGAUUAUCAUCUAUUUUAGAGUCGUUAGGUUUUCGAGAUCCCGAUGGAAGACAAAAUGAAAAGUUAACAUCUAAAAUUAAAUUAGAUUAUAGAAGACAUUCAUCCGGAAAUGUUAAAACACGUCAUCUGCUGUCUAAACAACUGAUUGACAUUCCACCAGUUACACAAAGAUUUCUAUCGUAUUCUGGAACAGCAGGUGGAGUCGGAGGUGGUGGUAAUAUUCCACCAGCUGUAUUCUCUGCUAUAUCAUCUUCAACUAAUCCCUGCAAUGAAAUCUGUCUACCGAAUUCCAAUAAUGAAUUAAUUCUGCGUACAAGUCAACCUAUUCCUGUUAAUAUUAACUACAAUUGUUUACAUAAAUCAUUAGCAGCAGCAGCAUAUGAUAAUGAUGAUCAGCAUACCUCGUCGAUCCCGUCAUCAGGAUCACCGCCACUUAUACAACCACCACAGUCUAUUUUAAGAAAUCUUGAUCAGGAUAUGUCACCACCUAAUGGAUUAUUAUUUAGUAAUUAUCGUGAAGAUAUUGACUACUUAUUUCACACUACAAAUCACCACCAGCAACAGCACCACCAGUCAGCAACUGUCCAGUCAUUUGAAAAUGAUUCAUGCAAAGGAAGACCAAAGCAGUUGGAUCUUAUUGAAGUGAUUGGUUCACGUGAUGAUCCUGUGAUCAUGAACACAGAAUAUUUACCUGAUGAAGCUUUUCCUACAAUUGCACAUCCCUUACAAGAACAUAAUCAAUCACCAAAUCAAAAAGAAGAAUCCUGCCAUGGUCAUAAUCAACAGAAGCAUCAAAAAGUGAAACAACGCAAAACAGUUGGACGUAGUUCCGCCGGUGAUAUUCGUCAUACUACUACCACUACUGCUAAUACUACUCCAAAUAAAAGCAGUGGCAAUAAUAACUUUAAUGUUGUCUCCUGUUCUACAGAAACAUCAGUGUCGAAAAGGAAUGAAGCAUCUUCAAAACCACAAAGGAAAUCAAUGGAUUGUACUAAAAUUCUUACUUCUAAAUGUCGUGAACUGUCGUUAGUCGAGUGGGAGAAUAGACAGAUUCUACCAUCAUCAAGUUUUCCUGGAUUACCAUUCACUAUUUCACCAAUGAAAGAAGUGAAAACUAUUCCCCAGGAUCAACCAAUCAUUAAUCCCGAUCCUUCUAGUGAUCAAAGGAAAAAAGUUGAAGAAGGAUUUCAAGCCAGCAAAAAGCAUUCCAAUGAGACAUUAGUUAAAAAUGAUAAUGAUGAGGAUCAUGAGGAUGAGGAUGGUGACGAUGAUGAUGAUGAUGAUAAUACGCCUAAGAAUCAUGUGUCAAAUUCAUCUGCAUCAGAAUCACCUUCUUCUUCCUCUUUGACUAAACAAAAAUCCCCAUUGGGUAAUUCUAAAAAACAAGUACAACUAUUAGCACCAUGGCAUCAUAGUAUGUCAUUGUCUGGUUUAGAUAAAGAAUCACUUGCACUGCUGAAUGGGCAUACAAUCAAUCCAAUUGGAUCUUUAUAUCCUAUAAACAGUGAAAUUAAUACAAUAAUUGGUAAAUGGUUCAAGCAAUUGAUUGAAUCUGGUCAUGUUCAAACUGUGUGCACAGCAUUAUUGGCCUUAGGUCCGGAACGUUUACGUGUUAGUGAAUGGGUUAGUGAAGCUCAAUUAGAACAUUGGUUUAUUUCAUAUAUAGAAUUAUUAACCCGUUUUCGACUAUGGACGGUAUGUGCACGUAUAAUGAAACAGUGUGGUAAUCCUUUUGCCGGUGCUGAUAAUCAACUGUAUUUACGGGAGUACCGUCGAAGUAUUAAUUUACAAUAUGUUAUUAGACCGAUUGUCAUGAAACCUACAGAAUCUGAAUCUAAAAAUGCUACAAAUACUGGAGAAACUCGAUCCGAUGGAAAUACACGUACUCGAUGGAAAAGUGGUGGCCUGACAAGUAUCGAUAAUCAGUUUGCUUCACGCAACAUGUCUCCCGCUUUAGCACCAGGUGUAGCCGCUUUGAAUCAAGCUUCAACCACUCUGUCGAUACGUUGUGGUCUCUGUACAAAACCAUUAUGUGCAAGCGAAUCAACUCAACGAUUAACUGGACAUACUGGUUGGGCAUGUUCACGACAUGCAACAUCAUGUGAUCCAGCGACAAUAACUUGUGCCUUAUGUCAUUUAGUUGUUCGAGGUUUAUUUGUCUGGUGUAGAGGAUGUAGUCAUGGUGGACACUUAGAUCAUAUGCAGGCUUGGCUGAUGAGGCGAUCUGAAUGCCCAGCUGGAUGUGGUCAUCGUUGUAGAUAUAGUUAAAUAAAUAUCUAUUGAUACUCACUUUCGCGUUACUACUGUUGUAAAUCAUUACGUCGACUGUAAUUAACAUUUCUUUUUAUUUGAUUAUCUCAUAUAUAUACAUAUAUUUAUUUUUUACGAACUGAAAUGCUUUUCUGGCUUUGUUAUUUUUUAAUAAUUCCGUCUGUCUUUCUCUCUCCGCCCUGCUUAACUUAUCCAAUCCUGCAAUGAAGUAUCACUAAUAAAAAAUAUAUAUAUAAGUUGGUUUAUUUCUUCCGGAAACAGGUUUUCUUUAUGACUUUCAUUCACACUGCAAUUUUUUCUUGUAACAAACGUGGGUACACUAC